AUGUCACCCGCAUCACCCGCCCAUGGAGCACUGACCCAUGGGUCACUUGAGUCACUUGGAUCGCUGACCCAUGAGUCACUGGAACACGAACUCCGUGACAUCCUGGGACUCCAUGGGCUCAUCAACUGGCAUCGGAUCACGCAGAUCUGGUUCGCCCACGCCUGGGGUCAUUGGCAGCUGGGCGUUCGCGGCUGUUGCGCCACUUGCAACAUGCUCCUGUCUUUCCAGCUCUGUACUUACGGGAUCGACGUGGAGCACCGACUCUGGCUAGCGAUUUGUCAAGGGCUGGCUGCCGUCUCGCUGUUCAUGCAGUGGUGGCUGGCGAGCCCUUACAUGUUUCUGAUCAGGGCCAGCGCUUGCGUUGCCAAAUCGCUGAUUCUGUUGCACCUGACCAUUUGCGGCCGCAACUCCAUGUUCAAUCCUGUCGACUGCGAUAUGGUGAAGUGGGACGACCCCCGCGUACCCUUCCGCAUCAUGCAUGGCAUUAUGGUUGUCUAUUGGAUGGCCACUGCCUCGUCGCUGACCAUGCAGUUCCUGCAGCCGCUCAGAGGCGUCAGCUCCACGACGGGCAACAUCCAGCUCUGGAUCCGCGCGCGGAUCCGAGCCACUGGAGUGCCUGUGCAGCUGGCCCGUGGUAUCCUCAAGCCGAUCCUGCUCACGGGCACGGAAUACGAGCGCGCGCCCAUCGAAGCGGUGAUCAACAUCACCAGGGCGGGCUUGAUCUGCAUCGUCGUCUGGUCUCUGGAUAACCAGUGGCGCACCAGCGGAGUGGUGCACGCAUACAGCCCCGAUGCGACUCCGCAUGAUGAGGAUCAGGAUUUGUCCACCUGCACCAGUGACGAGUCCAUCAAGUCUGUAUUGGACGAGAUCCCUGAGCUCCUGCAAUGA